UCAUGAAGGUGAUUAGCUUUCGCUGGAAGAACUGCCUGUCAGGCCUUUUAAUAGUGGCUUAUCUGGUGAGUGCCCUGCUGUAUUUUGGCAUGGAUAUCACCAGUAUUGAGCCAGUGGAACCAAGAGUAGUGAAAAACAAGACCAAAGUGGGACGAAUGUUUGCCAAAAGCAUCAAUCAUGAUGGAAACUGGGAGACUAUUGUAACUAAUCCGGAAUUAAAGCCCAGAUAUCGGUUUGGCGGCGGAAGGACUGGCGUCAAGUUCGUGAUUGGAGUACCCACUGUACUGCGACCCAAAAAGAACUAUGUGCUCCAAACCGUGGACUGUCUGAUCCGUCGAAUGACUCCGGAGCAGCGCGACUAUUCUCUAAUUGUGAUAUUCGUGGGCGAGACUAAACUGCAGUUCGCCAAGUUCAUAGUGCAGAAACUGCAGGCGAAUCAUUCAACGCAUAUGCGAGCUGGCCUCGUCGAUGUCAUUGCGCCGCCCCUGAAUUACUAUCCCAACUUCUCGAGACUCCACCUCACUCUGAACGAUGAUCUACAGAGGGUUCAGUGGAGGACCAAGCAGAACCUGGACUACAUAUACCUGAUGUCCUAUGCCAAAAGCAGGGGCUUAUACUACCUGCAGCUGGAGGACGAUGUGAUGGCGAACGUGGGUUUCCUGGACUACAUCCAGAAGUUUGCGAUGCUGCAUGGCAGCUUUCGACUGGCCCAUCAGAUCGAUUGGAUCGUGAUGAGUUUCAGUGACCUGGGCUUCAUAGGGAAGCUCUUUCGCAGCUCCGUUCUCAGCUCGUUCGUGGCCUAUCUAAGGUUGUUCUACAGCGACCAGCCCAUUGACUGGCUGCUCCAGAGCUUUGUGACCCUGCAGAGCUGUCGCUGGGAUAGCGUGUCCGAUCCGGACUGUCAGCGGGACUUCGAGUCCAGGCUGCUUCGCUCCGCGCAAUCCCAGUUCCAGCAUAUGGGUGCACAGUCGUCGUUGGCGGAGAAGGAGCAGUAUCAACAGGAUGGCUUCUUCAAUCAGAACAUUGGAAAGCAGCGCAUGCAGCAUCUGCGGCAACCUCUCAACCUGGUCGCCUCCCAUCGGAACUCGCUAUUGAAGCACAAUCUCAACCUGGAAGCGGGGGAAACUUUCGUCUGGAUCUACAUGCCUCGGAUGCCCAAGAUGAUGAAGUAUCUGAUAACCAAUCAGUUCAAGAAGACGCAGAUUCGCAUCCGCAAUGCCAGAGAAACGGCCCACAAUCUGGCCGAGUUCAAUAUUGAAUUGGUUAAGGGAUCGCCCACUCUGGUGGCCAACAGCUCCUCCACAAGGCGGUGUGGAUUCGUCAUGAGUCACACCGUCCAGCCGUUUGCAGUAGGAGAUCAGAAAGCGGAGCUCCCCUUCAAAUAUAUGUACUACUACAUAAGGGAGGAGCCCGAGGGGCUCGCCUGGUUCCGUCGGUUCCUUUGGGCUUCCAGUGGAUCCUGUUGCCUCCAGCUACGAUCCACAACGGUAUUACUUCUAAUCCCUUUUCAGUUGCUAACUACUGAUUUAUUGUAG